UCAACAUCUUUAAAUACCUAAAUAACAUUUAUAAACUAGGAAUUAUAUUAUAUUUUUUGUUAAUGUUGUUUAUAUGAAGCGAUAAAUUACUCUGUUUAAAACAUUUAAUUAGUGAUUAUUGUUAGUGUUUUAUAAAAAUAAUGCCAGAAAAAAUGAGUACUAAAAGUGAUUCAGAUAAACAGGGAUCAACGGUCACACGUAAACCACAUAGGAAGAUUAUAUUAACGUUGAACAAUUGUUUAUUGCCCGAGGAGAAAUUAAGUCAAACACCUUCAAGAAACGAUGGUUUGGAUGAUGAAACUGAAACCGAUUUACGUAUAUGGGGUUGUGAAUUAAUACAAACAGCUGGUAUAUUAUUACGACUACCACAAGUUGCAAUGGCAACUGGUCAGGUUUUAUUUCAGCGUUUUUAUUAUUGUAAAUCGUUUGCACGUCAUUCUGUUGAAACGACAGCAAUGGCAUGUAUAUGUUUAGCGUCGAAAAUUGAGGAGGCACCACGUCGUAUACGUGAUGUUAUUAACGUAUUCCAUCACAUUAAACAAAUUGCAGAACAAAAAACAAUAAAACCGGUUGUAUUAGAUCAUUCGUACGUGAAUUUAAAAACAUCCGUUAUAAAAGCUGAACGACGUGUUCUAAAAGAAUUAGGUUUUUGUGUUCAUGUUAAACAUCCUCAUAAAAUCAUUGUUAUGUAUUUACAAGUGUUAUCCUUCGAGGAGAACACACACAUGAUGCAAUUAGCGUGGAAUUACAUGAACGAUUCAUUGCGCACCGAUGUGUUCGUACGCUACGAACCCGAAGUGAUUGCAUGCGCUUGUAUCUACUUAACUGCUCGCAAACUACAUAUACCUUUGCCCAUGGAUCCUGCGUGGUUUACUGUUUUUGGUGCUAAGGAAGUUGAUAUUAAAGAUAUAUGUAUACGAAUAUUACGAUUAUAUAAACGACCGAAAAUUAAUAUUAGCGAAUUAGAAAAGAAAGUUGAAGAAGUUCGAAAAAUCUACGAAGAAAAAAAAUUAAAAGAGCGCGCUUUAAAUGAGGAUAAACCAUCACCAAAGAAUAAGGAUAGUCCAAAAUCAGCAGAUGGUUCACAUAAUGCAUGGGGUGGUUUUAUUUCAAGAUCCGGUAAUCAUAAUGUUGCAAAUAAUCAUGAUAAAGAGAAAAAACGAUCUCGUUCACGAUCUAUUUCACCGGUUAGUGGAUCAAAACCACGUAAACGUGGACGUUCACGUAGUCGUACACGAUCCAGAUCAAAAACACGCAAAAUGAAAAAAUCUCGAUCACGUUCGAGACGACGAUCUCAUAGUAAAGAACAUCAUGUUAGGAAUAAACAAAGAGAUCGUAGUAAAAAUAGACGAACAUCGAAAUCACGUAGUAGAUCCCCUCUGCCUACUAGAAAACAUAAAAAUAAUGAUCGAAAGUCUAGAUAUCGAUCAAAUAGUUAUGAUAAAUAUCGUGAUCGAUCAUCACCUGAUAAAAAUAGUCGAUAUGAUAAAAAUGAUUAUGAUUAUCCGAAAAAUGAUAAAUAUAAUGAUUAUCGAUCCGAAAAACUAUCGAAAAAAGUAUCAUCCUAUCAAAUAGACGAUAAUGAUAAAUAUCAUGAUAAGUAUUUAUCACGAGAAGGUUCCUUAGAAAGAAGUGAUCAUUACCAUACUGAAUCCAAGUUAGAAUCCAGAUCCAAAAGUAAAAAAGAUCGUCGCAGAUAAUUUAUAAUAUCUAAUAAAUUGUAGUAUAGCUAUUUUUAUACUUACUAACUUAGUCGGGGAAAUAAGGCUUUGAUCCAUGGUAAAAUCACUGCAACUGUAAAUUUUUAUGAGAGUCACAACAGUACUCAAUAAAAUCAUACUCAUGCGAACUUGUGCAUUUUCAAUUUACGAUUUUAAAGUGGGGCAGAAGUACCCUACUUUCGGAUACCAUAUUUUCUUUACUUAACAUUUAGUAAAAACUAUUGGAUUUUAUUUUUUUGGUCGAUUCUGAGCAUUUUUUGUCUUGACAUUAUUAGUUAUUAACGAAAAUAAAGAUUAUUUUGUUGUU